ACAUAAAUACACAAUUGUGGUGAAGUACUUCUUACAUAGUUCAAUGAUUAACUAGAAAGAUAAGGAAGGACGCAAGAGGGAGAGAGAGAGAGAGAGAUACAAAGAGAAGGGUAUGCGGGUAACAAAGUAGUUGGUAAAGAGGAAGUCACAAGUCCCUGUCACAAGGCUCUUCCUGUCUUUCUAUGCUGUUUUAACCCACCACAUGGAGGCAAGCACCAGUGUUGUUCGGACAGUAGAGCUGAAUGAUGGCACACGCAUGCCACUGCUGGGCUUUGGAACAUGGAAGUCAAGCAGUUCAGCAGCAGUGUGUCAAAGUGCGGUGGAAGCUGCCAUAGCUGCUGGUUACCGUCACAUAGACACAGCAUACAGCUACCGCAAUGAGGUCGAGAUCAGCAAGGCUCUCUGUUCCAAGAUGCAGCAAGGCAUCAUCCGACGACAAGACAUGUACGUCGUCAGUAAGUUGUGGAGUACACACCAUGCCACCCAUGACAUCCCAUUGUGUCUAAACAAGUCCCUGAGUGACUUGCAGCUGGACUAUCUGGACCUGUACCUGAUGCACUUCCCUAUAGGACUGAAGAAAGUGGAUGAUGAGCUCUUCCCUAUGAGAGAUGGAGAAAUGCUCACCACUGACAUUGACUAUCUGGACGUGUGGAAGGGGAUGGAGGCCUUGCAGGCUUCAGGGAAAGUGAAGAGCAUUGGCGUGUCCAACUUCAACGUCCUCCAGCUGGAGAGACUGCUCUCUGUGGCCAAGGUUCCCCCUGCAGUCAACCAGGUGGAGCUGCAUCCCUACCUGGUCCAGUCUGACCUGGUGGAGUUCUGCAAGUCUCGCAACAUCACCCUCACUGCCUACAGCCCCUUAGGUUCCCCUGGAAGACCCAAAGAAUUUCACCGUGGAGACACUGAUCCUGAGAAGCUGCUGGAAGACCCUGUGGUAGGAGACGUGGCUAAGAAGCAUCGACGGAGCCCUGCUCAGGUGCUGCUGAGGUACCAUGUGCAGCAGGGUAUUGCAGUGAUCCCCAAAAGUGUGAAACCCAAUCACAUUCUGGAAAACACAAAGAUCUUUGACUUCUCUCUGAAUGAGGAGGACAUGUCGGCACUGAGAGGACUGAAUAGAGGCUGGAAGAGCUGCAUCAUCGACUCCUUGAAGUCUCAUCCAUACUACCCCUUUGAAUGAGAGUCCCUGGGGAUCAGAAACAAGAGACAGAGAAGUCACUUGGGAGAAUAGGAUAACUGUUUCUCAACCUGAGAUCAAGGCCAGAUUACUAUCCACCUCCUCAACAUCGGCCUGCAAAUGGUCUUCAACCAGUGUUUAUUGUUUACCUAUAAUGUGAAAUUGUGAUGAUAAAUAGAAAUGUGGCCCUGAA